AUGUCUCCACCUAACCGAAGGAAGUGGCAUAUACUCCCCGGGCGCAGGGGAGCCAGUGGUGCCUUCGCCGCGGGGGCGCAAGUGGAUGCUUUUUUUGGCGUGGAGAAGAACCCUGACUGGAAAUGUGAUUUCCAAAACCUGAGAGACCAGGAAAGACUUGAAAUACCGGAUUAUUUGUGUGAUAUCAUGGAUGAACUGGACGUUCUGAAUACGUUCGGGUAUCCGAAACAAUAUACACUGGGGCUUUUCCUAUAUGCUCGAGUGCGGGUAUUGAUGAUAUUAAGAAUUUCCCUGCUAGACGAACGUAACGCGCUGGGUAAUAAAUGGCCGGAUUCUCUGAUUGUCCACCGCAACCACCGAGUCCAAUAUCAGGCCCACUACGCAUGGGGCAAGCCUCCACUUAUUGUGAAGGAUGUGUUUGACUAUACUCUGAGCUAUCCAUCCGAUAACCCACUGAUUGGAAUUGUGAUGAUAGUGGCUAUCACGGCGCAUGGGAAUGAGAAGGAGGAUUACCAGGCUGAAACUUGCUGCAAGGCACUUAUGACUGCGGUACACAGGGCUAAGAAAGAGGCCAAUAUGCCGAGUAAAACGGUAUACGCCAUUAUUACUAAUAGCGAAUGGUUUAACUUCUUCCAGUAUUCGAGAAUUAGUGCAUCAUGCUGUUCAUUACGCAGUGAUAGAAGUGAGGUUUAUUCCCACACGCGCCGUAUUAUUCGCUUGGCGACUGAAGAAGCCACAAGGGAUGGGACAAGAGCCCAUGAUAUCAGUGCUUAUCAUGGGGCAGUCGCGUUAAACGAGGAUUGUGGACUACAUCAACGCAGGAAGGCAGACGGGAAAGUAAACUGUAUUGUGUACGGGAUAGCCAGCGACGGGUUCGAAUUUAUUUUUAUCAGAAUCAGUAACGCUGGGACAGUAACAAGCUUUAGUACACAGUGGGAGAAGGAAGCCGAUGAGGUCUACUCGUGGAUCUGCGCAGUCCUUCAAACCACAGUUAACCUAUCCCCCACCACAAGCCGCCUAUCAAUGGCGGAAAGACUAUCUUCGAAUGAUAGUCGCUGCGACUUUGUUCUCCGGGCGGGUAGUGAGGGUGGAAAUAUGGAUGUUGAUGAGUGA